AUGUCUAAACCAAUUUCUCUGCGAACACCUCAAAUCCCCCGCGCGCCCACUCAAAACAUACUCCUCUUCCUCAUCGCCUUCCGUCUCGUCAACGCGUUCGCAGUUCGGACCUUUUUUCAACCAGAUGAAUACUUUCAGUCACUGGAGCCAGCCUGGCAGAUCGCGUUCGGUCAAGGCCAAGGGGCCUGGGUGACAUGGGAAUGGCGGCACCAACUCCGAUCCUCACUACAUCCUCUCUUCUUCGCCGCUCUCUAUAAAGCAGCCGAUUUCCUCGCCUCCGCCCUCAGCGUGUCGCCCGCUACGCGCGCAGAGCUCCUGAUUGCCGCACCAAAGACAGCGCAGGCCGUUGUGGCGGCAAUUGGUGAUUUCUACACAUGGAAGCUCGCAGUUCGCGUCUAUGGAGAUGAUUCUCGUGGAUCCUGGACAACGUGGUCGGCAGGCUCUACAGCCGGCGAUGGCCGCGACAAAAACACCAGCAAUCAAGUGAGGGGCACGGACCGGGAUCGAAGUGUGAUUGUUGGCCUCCACCAAUGCCUGCCGCUGGCGGCGCUCGCAUGUAUACUGCGGCCGACCAACAUUCUCGUCUGGGCAACUCUGGCCGGCCUCGCUUGGCUUCGGACGUCUUGGCCCCAGCGCAAGAUCCUCAUUUUUGAAGUCAUAGUUUGCGGGUCGGCAAUUCUCGCGGUGUCUUCCGUUGCGGACCGUCUGUUCUAUGGAAUUUGGACCUUCCCACCGCUGAGGUUCCUAUACUUCAACAUUGCGCAGUCGCUGGCUGUCUUCUAUGGCAGCAAUGACUGGCAUUACUACAUCUCACAGGGCUAUCCGCUUCUACUCACUACUCUUCUGCCCUUUGCGAUUAUUGGUUUAUACGGAACCUUGUCGACUCGGAAGUCCACAGUGGGAGACAGUUUGCAGGCGGCGAUCCGAGUGCAAUUGGCGACUGUCUGCCUUCUGAUGCCAUUCGUCCUCUCUUUGAUCUCUCACAAGGAAGUACGCUUCAUCUACCCAUUGCUGCCCUGCCUGCACAUAUUGGCUGCGCCGCCUUUAGUGCAGUUCUCUUACCCAGCCAUCUACUCGCCGGCAUACCCGCGUCAUACACCCCGGAGAUUGAUUCUCAUCUUUCUUGUGCUUGUAAAUGUGGUCAUUGCGCUAUAUACAACUCUCUAUCACGCGUCGGGAACACUAAGGGUCCUCUCCUAUCUCCGUCAGCAGCACGAAGCACACUCUGUACCAACAAAGAGACAAAACUCCGUCUCAGAAACCGGAAUCUCUGCUGGCUUUUUAAUGCCCUGCCACAGCACACCCUGGCGCUCUCAUCUUGUCUACCCAACAAUUAACGCCUGGGCCCUUUCCUGCGAGCCACCAAUUGAUCUCAAUGCAACCCAGAAAGCCAUUUACCGAGACGAAGCAGACCAAUUCUACGACGACCCAUUCCAAUUUCUACGCCAGAACAUGGCUGGCGGUCUCCGACACAUCCCUCGACGACCAAGCUACGCCUCUUCCGCACAUGAUUCUGUAUCAGAAAAAACCCCCAAUAAGGCCCCACAACAUGAAUGGCCCGACUACCUCAUCUUCUUCGCCCAGCUCGAACCAACCCUCUACCCCAUACUGCGCGGCUCGUACUAUGGUGAGUGCUGGCGCACAUUCAACACCGCCUGGCAUGAUGACUGGCGCCGUCGCGGCGACAUUGUAGUCUGGUGCCUGGACACAGCCGAGCAGGACGCCUGGCGCUCCAACACCGAACGCCAAUUGCGGCAAAGCCGAGAUAAGCAAUUCGAUCGUAUCGUGGAAGCAUUCAAGAAUGAGGGGCGCAAGCAAAGAAAGCAGGGAUGGAUGGGCCUCCAUGUGUCUUCGAUGCCUUGGUCCUCGUCGCCUCCUUCAUUGUUUGCGUCGUGGCGACGUUCAGUGGAGGCUCUUUUCUCGUCACCUUCAAGAUCAUCGAUUUCUUGGCCCUGGCGUCCUGCUUCUCGUUGGGAGAAAUUUGUAACGAGGUUGUCAUUCUCAAAGCAGAAGACAAGUUGGCUUCCUUCCUGGAUGUCCAAUUGGCUUCCCGUGUUGCCGUCUUGGUUGGGCGGAGCUGAGAGGAGACCUACGGAGGCAGAACUGUGGUCUUGA